GGAUGCGGAACUAAAUAAUCCGCAUAAACAGCAACAACACCACCACAGCGGCAGUGAAAUGGUGUACGUGUCCAAUGGUCAAGUCCUGGACAGCAGGACGCGGUCACCAUGGAGACUGUCUUUCCUUAGCGAGCUCUUUUGGGGUGUCGUGGAGUUCAUUGGCCUGUUCUUUCAGACCCUCGUCCAGCCAGAUCUGUCAAAAGACGGGAAUCCAAGUUCAUCGUCACGCUUCAGUGAUGGAAGAGGUCCUCCAGGUUUUCCUGGGCGGAGACGUAUGGGCAGGAUAAACCAUGGUGGAGGUCCAAGUCCUCCUCCAAUGGGUGGUGGUGGAUGAGGAAGGUAA